AUGCGGCUCGCAUAUCUUCUCGUUGUGCUUUUCUGCAAAAAAGCAGAAUCAAAUUCCGAUGGAGAGAAGGACGAAACUAACUUUCACUUGAAUAUCAAAUAUUUCGGUUUGUCCCAUUCGUUGAUAACUUAAAAUUUCAAUAAAUUGAAAAACCGGUGCUACUCUUGAAUAUUUAAAUGUUUCUCUUCCAACUAUUCCACUCAAACCAAACAAAAAUGUGAACACAGUAAAUCUGUGGUCGGACUAUCCGGUUUGGAUGGCGCUUGUGGGGAUCUUCAUGAUUUUCUGGCUGAUCGCCUUCCUGAUGUGCUGCAUCGUCUGCUUCUGCUGUCGCUGCGAUUCUGGCAAAGUUUUUAUUUUAUAAAACACAAAAAUCUAUCCGACUUCAGGAAAAACGUCGUUCGAAAACAAAAUCGGUGAGUAUUUUCUGAAACGUGAGAAUCCACUGUAAUAUUUCUUUGUUCAGGAUAGCGAGGAAAAAGAAGACGAAAGUGACCUUCUCAAAAAAAAAUCUGAAGUAGGUCCAGUCUAAUUUUUUAUUUCUUUUUCUUUUUUUCAAAUUAAAAAUAAAGUUUCAACUUCAAAAGUGUUGCCAAGGUUCAGAAAAUUCUCGGAAUAGUGCGCAUCUUUAUAAGGAAAUGGUUUGGACUCAAAGCGAGAGUUUCUGAAUAAGACUUUGAUUAUUGGUUGGAAACUUCUACCUUGAUUCAAGAUCAAGUUCUGCCUGGCAGGUUAUAAAAACGAAUUAACCGCUCGUCAAAAGUAGUGAAAAAAGGCAUUUUUCAAAGUUAGCUUAUUUCGAAAAUUAGGUCGACUUCCCCCUGUGAGAACCAAGUGAAACACGCGAUUUCAUCCAGAAAAAAGUUGCAUGAAUCAUAAGAGUAUCAUUCAACUACCGAAGUUUUUUCUUUUCAGCCAGACCAUUUCGCUUCGAUCGGACAGUCUGAAGACGUCUAUCAACAGCCUUCCAGUCCAAUGGCUCCUGAGCGUGAGGAUUUCUCUCAGCUACCAGAGGGAACUCCGAUCAUUUUCUAUAAUCACUACUCCAGCGACGUUUGAUGACCUGGUGGUGACGGAACGCAACGAACAAGCGCCGACGGAUGGGCGGUCGGAAAAAUCUCGCAGUCGAGAACGCAAGAGGCCGUACGCCAGGGCCGUCCACGGAAUGCGUCGUCCUGAGCAUCAGAACUACCACAUCGAAUGA